AUGACUUACCGGCGCACACAGAAAGGGGUCGCAAUCCUUUCGAUCUUGGCAAACAGUUCAAGCCAAAGAUGCAAUGCAUUCCAAGCCAUUCAAGGCUUCUUCCUUGACUCCACAAACACACCAAGGCGAGUCAUUGAAGUACUCUCACAUGGAGGGUGGAGUGUAUCGGCGGAGUCUAUCUGCCAUAUGGUUCAGUCAGUGACCGAAAGCCUCAAAGCAAGCUUGAAGAAGCUCUCAGACCCCGGGUUGUAUGCGAUGGCAUAUGACAAUCUGGACUUUGACUUUAAGACGAAAGAGCCCAGUGAUCAGAACCAAGGGACGUUUUCAAGUAUAACAACAGCCACCUUUAUUCCACUCACCUAUGGUACCACGCUUGAUGACCUCCGAUACUCGAAGGAGCUUUGGGAGAAGAGCUCCCUGAAUCCA